GGCCCAAAGGAGGCGGAUGGGAGGGCGUGGCUGGGGCGCCCGGCUCUGUGGCUGUUCCCUGCCCCCCGGGGCAGUGGUGUGGAGCUGUGGCGGGGGGCUGCCGCCCAUGGGGGGCGCCAUCUCACCCCGGUGCCCCUGCCGUGGCAGAGCUGCCGGAGGAGGAGCAGGAGCGGUGGGAGAAAUUCGUCUCGGGGCCCCUGGCAGAGACCAACAAGAAAAAUGUGGUGGAUCUGGUGAACAUGCACAAUCUGCACUCGUCCAGCGACGACGAGGAGAACGACCUGAAGGAGUUCAACUUCCCCCAGGAGGCCGUGCUACAGCAGGCCUUCGUGGAUUACCAGAUGCAGCAGGUGACCUCGGCCUUCAUCGACCACUUCGGCUUCAACGACGAGGAAUUCGGGGAGCAGGAGGAGAGUGUCAACGCCCCCUUCGACAGGACGGGCAGCCUGAGCUUCUCGCUGAGCGCCGACGACGACAGUCCCAACUCCAACCUGUUUGAAGUCUGCUACAAGGAGCGGAUCCAGCAGUUUGAUGACGACGACUCGGACGGGGAGGACGCCUGGCAGGAGAAGGAGCUGGGCUACUCGGGGGGCCCCUCGCAGCCCGCAGGGCCCAG